UGCGUCGCCUUUAAGUGGUGUUGGGUGUAGGCUGUGAAACUCAAAGCGGAGCUGCGGAGUUAAACUGUAGGUAAACAGAAAGCGCCUUUGAAGAAAAUAAACUCUAAACGGGACAUUGAGACAGACUGGGUACAGUCCAAACAGAUCGGCGGGGCUGGAAGGGGGGCUGGAUGGUGUCGUCAUGGUGAAGGAUGUUCCGGAAAGUCAAAAAGCGCCACAGCAGCAGCAGCUCGCAAAGCAGUGAGAUCAGCACCAAAAGCAAGUCUGUAGACUCCAGUUUGGGAGGCCUUUCCAGAUCGAGCACCGUCGCCAGCCUUGAUACAGACUCCACCAAGAGCUCAGGUAACAGUACAUCUGAUACGUGUGCUGAGUUUCGGGUGAAGUAUGUAGGAGCCAUUGAGAAGUUACAGUUUAACAUGAGCAAGACCCUCCAGGAGCCUCUGGACCUCAUCAACUAUAUUGAUGCUGCUCAGCAAGACGGAAAGCUGCCCUUCGUGCCCGGAGACGAGGACAUGAUUCUGGGAGUGUCCAAGUACGGCGUCAAAGUGGCCUCAUUGGACCAGUGUGAUGUGCUGCAUCGCCACCCUCUGUACUUGAUAGUUCGCAUGCUGUGUUACGACGAUGGCCUCGGUGCAGGGAAGAACCUCCUGGCUCUCAAAACCACUGAUCCCAAACAAGAAGAGUGCAGCAUUUGGGUGUACCAGUGCAGCAGCUCUGAGCAGGCUCAGUCCAUCUGCAAAGUGCUGUCGGCUUCUUUUGACUGCGCUCUAACAUCAGACAAGUCCUGAGGCCGGAGAGAUGGACUGGAGCUGAGAUCUGUGUAGAAGAAAAGUGAAACAACUGCAAACCCAGCAGCAUCUAAUAAGAAAACCACAAAAUUAGUCACCAUUUCCCCUAUUUUCCAAGUGUUCUUUGGUAGUGGAGUUGGAGUGUGUGUUAGGUACAGUCACCUUUCUUUCUCUAUUCUCCAUGUGAGACAGAACCACUGUGAAUUUGUCUGAAUCAUUUCCCCUGGAAUUAGUUUCCUUUACCUCACUUGUUACUUUGACCUUUCAACGUAAAGGGGAAAAAGAAACGUUUCGAAAAUAGAGAUAUGGCUGCAUUAAAAAACAAAACAAAAACAUUUGGAAUACAGUGCACAGCUUAAAAUGGUACAUCAUGUUGUAACCCAGCUCCACCCAGCUGUGUCAACAUAUGGUAAUUCGUGGGAAACAUUAAUCAGUGGAGAAACUUCAUGGUACACAGAUUUGACGACACGGUUUGGUUCUCUUCAUGUAGAAACCACUCUGAUCCCUUUUUGGAGUUUAGAAAUGAUUUUGUGUGUCUGUGUGUGUUUUGUUUUUGAACAGUAUUUGGUACAGUAGCAGUCACUAUUUGACUGAAAGGUGCAUCACAAAGAGGCUUUAACUUUGCCCCACACCCAGUGUUUUGUCACUUUUAUGAGAGGAAUCUCUUUUUUCUUUUUUUAAUACGUGGGAUUUAACCAAUUUUUAUGACUGUUUUGACUUCAUUUUCUCUUGUUUAAAAUUACUUUACUCUGCAAAUUCAGUGGUACCAAAAGCUUGAUGUAUUUUCUGAUUUGUUUUCUUGUUUUUAUGAAGUGAUUAAAUAUGAUUUCUUGCUGACACCAGAGAAAUCUUAAAACACCUGUAAGGAUCUGGGAGGAAAAAAAAGUGUUUACAUUUGUGGUACUCACUUGACUUAACCUUGCACAUCAUAGUAACCCAUGGCCUCAUCCUGUCCUCCUUUUCACCUUGGUUCAGUUAAGACUGGGUUGAAAAUGUGUGGCAAUAAGGUAAUGAAAGAAUUUGAUCUGGUAUGUUAAAGGAGAGGAAGAGUUUUGUUUUUGAUAAGUGUUUUACUGAUUAAAGUAACAUUUCUCCUU